CUUCCAUCUACAGGCAGACACCUCAUGCAAGACGUAGGCAUUUCUUGUCACGCACUUAGAGCUCAAUGAAGGAUAAUGAAAUAUCAGUGAUAAAGAUAAAAUCGAUCCAUCGUAAGCAUGUAGUAAAAUCGAAAAAUUGAAUGAGUAUCCCGCCAGUCGAAAGGUAUCUCAGCUUCUAAUGUUUCAUCAUGUUACAAGAUGUUCAUGUUGAGUAUGCUUAUUAUUACUGUCAUAACAUAUCGACAGCUAAAACUUAUAUUGACGAAGUAGAUAAUCGCUUCGGUAUGCAAAUACUGCCGCCUGCAACUUAUGCGCAGAUGUUUAGUCAUAAAAUUCGUAUGAGCUCAGAGAUACUGUAGCCGUGAAAUGUGAAAAGUUGGUUGAAGACGAAAGGACUUAAUCAAAAACUUGAAAUUAUAAAACGCUUAAGAAAGGGCGAAACUGCGACAAGUGUAGUGCUGAUUUAUGGUAUUGGAAGAACAACAGUUAACAAUAUAAAACAUGAUGCUGAUAAAAUAGAACAACAUGUGUCAACAAUGCAGAGCAUGGAUGGAGAUGUGCGAACAAGAAAGACUGAAACCUGCAAAAUAUGAUUAAUUGGACACUGCAAUGUACAGAUGGUUUAUACAAGCAAGAAGUCAGGGGAUUCCACUUUCAGGGCCUAUAAUAAUGGCCAAGCCUGCUGAAAUGGACAACAAACUUGAUGGUGACUCGUCUUUUAAAGCAAGUAUCGGAUGGCUCGACAAGUUUAAAUUUCGUCAUGGCAUUCGCCCACUUGAUUCAGUGGAGAAAAACUCAGCGCGGAUAGCUCUGUAAUUGCUGAGUUCCGGGAACAAUUUAAAGAAAAAAUGGCUGAAUUGAAUCUUGUUAGGGAGCAAGUUUACAAUUGUGAUGAAACUGGGCUUCAUUGGAAGGCUUUACCACAAAAGACAUUAGCAUCACCCUCUGAAAAGCUGCUCCAGGUUUCAAAGUAAAAAAAGAUCGCAUCACUGCUAUGGUUUGCGCAAAUGUGACCGGCAAUCAUAGGCUUCCCCUACGUGUGAUUGGGAAAUCAAGAAAACCUCGUGCAUUCAAGAAUUUGAAUUUGAAUGCUCUCCCUGCACAAUACUACACCCAGAAGAGUGCUUGGAUGGAUCAAUCAAUUUUUUCUGACUGGUUUCACAAACAAUUUGUACCUCAAGUUAGAGCACAUUUGGCUGAAAAAAAAUUGCCACAGAAAGCGCUAUUGCUAUUUGACAAUGCCCCGACGCACCCUACAUGUGAAAUGAAAAGUGAUGACGGCAACAUAACAUGUCUCUUCCUUCCAGCAAACACAACUUCACUUAUACAGCCCAUGGAUCAGUGAAUCAUUGAAAACAUGAAACAUCGUUAUAGAAAAAUAUUUAUCGAAAGAUUGCUCUCAUCUGAUGAAUCAACAUCUGUAAAACAGUUUUGGAGGUCUUACAGUAUUAAAGAUGCCAUUUUCAAUGUUGCCAGUGCAUGGAGUGAUUUGUCAGUGUCAAAUCUCAAGAACGGCUGGAAUAAACUUUGGCCUCAACCUAGAGGUGAAGAAUUGGAGGAACCUGAGUGCGUGACAGUUGACGAGAUGGUCAAUUUGUGCAAUAAUUUACAAAUCAGCACAAAUUUGACACCAGAAGAAGUAUCAGUGUGGUUACAGUGUGACAAAGUGGACGGGGGAUUUCAAAUUUUGAGUGAUGACGAAAUUUUUGCCCGCAUAAGUGCUACCAAAGAAGAAGAAGAAGAAGAAGGGGCUGAUGAAGACGAGUGUUCAAACCAUGAAGAAAAACAAACUAUUAGCCAUUCAGAGGCCGAAACAAUGCUGUCCAAGUGUAUAGAAUGGUUUGAAAGUCAAGAAGAGACUAAUGCAACGCAGGCACUACUGCUCCGAAAAAUACGAAAUAUUGCCGCGGUGAAAGCUGAAACAUCAAAAAGGCAGAAGAAAUUGACUGACUAUUUCCAAGCUAGAUAAACUA